CCAGACCAUCCCCAAGCAUGUAGCGCCUACAGUUUCUUUUUCCAACGAUUCCCUGGGAAGAGGAGGAGGAAGAGUCGAUGAAGGAGAUGGGGGAAGCUGUCCAGGAACUCCAGAGAUGAGGAGGAGACAGAAGGAGGCGCUGAGGAAGCUUGCAGGACAGGUAGUCUCAUAUCAUUUCUGUCAGUCUGAUAACUGUCACACCUGUCUGGUUCCGGAGUUCGUCCACAACAUGGCCGCUAUGCUAAGUGACGCCCCUCAGCUGUUGGCCUAUCGGGAGCUGCUACACCGGUCACCGCAGCUACAGAGCACGCUCAGUCUGCGCUCCUGCAUCCAGGAUCCGAGCUCUGCCCUCCAGAGAGGAAUACUGGAGCCGCUGGAUGCUCUCUACAGAGAGAGGAAGUUGCACGUGGAAAGGGCGGGGCUUAUUGUACUGAUUGACGGGUUGAACGAGGCUGAAUUCCACCGGCCGGACUACGGCGACACACUCACUUCCUUCCUGUCCAGAAACAUUCAGAAAUUUCCAUCCUGGUUGAAGGUCAUCACCACAGUCAGGACCAGUCAGCAGGAAACCACUCGUUCUCUACCUUUUCACCGCAUCUCUCUAGACAAGAUGGAGGAGAACAACGCCAUCGACCAGGACCUGCAGGGUUACCUGAUGCAGCGUAUCCACAGCAGUGGUGAGAUCCAGAGCAACGUGUCACUGAGCAAUGGUCGCCUUGACAACACGGCCCUCACCAAACUGAUCAGCCACCUGAAGAGCCUGAGCAGAGGCUCAUACCUCUACCUGAAACUGACCCUGGACCUGAUAGAGGGAGGAUACCUGGUCCUAAAGAGCUCCAGCUUCAAGGUGGUUCCUGUGAGUCUAGCAGAGGUCUACCUGCUGCAGCUCAACAUGAGGUUUCCCACCCAGUCGUCUUUUGAGAGAGUCCUGCCACUGCUCAACAUCACUGUGGCAUCACUGCACCCACUGACCGAGCAGCAGCUGUUUGAGGUGGUGAAUGCAGGCGCUCUGACUGGGGGGUCUCUGCAGUGGGCUGAGUUUGUGCAGCGGUUGGAGCAGCUCUCGUCUUUUCUUUUGAGGCGGAGCGACGGCAGCUGGAUGCUAAACCACGCCUCCUUCAGAGAGUGGCUGGUUUGGAGGGAGGAGGGGCAGGAUGACAGGUUCCUCUGUGACCCCAGGAGUGGUCACACGCUGCUGGCCUUCUGGCUCUGCAGACAGGACGGGAAGCUGAAUCGACAGCAGACACUGGAGCUGGGACAUCACAUCCUGAAGGCUCAUAUCUACAAGGGUCUGAGUAAGAAGCUUGGGGUUUCCUCCUCAGUUCUGCAGGGGCUGUGGCUUUCAUACAGCACAGAGAACCUGAGCCCCGUUCUCUCAUCUCUGCGCAACCUCUACACCCCUAACAUCAAGGUGAGCAGGUUGCUGAUAAUGGGUGGGGCUGAUGUGGAUUACCGUAGUGAUGUCCUUAACAACGCCCCCCUGCUGUGUGUCCACUCCCACCUGGGCCACAAUGAUGCCGUGGCGCUGCUGCUCGACCAUGGCGCUCAGGUGGAUGCUCAGUCACGGGAUGGUUUGACGGCGCUGGGAUUUGCUGCUGCAGCUGGACAUCUGGACAUAGUCAUCAUGCUGAGUCAGCACCAAGCUAAGGUGGGUCAUGUGGACAGCUCAGGUCAGUGCGUGUUGGUGCACGCGGUUCAUCGAGGCCACCUCAAGGUGCUGCACUUCCUGUUGAAGCAGGCAGACUGGAGCUGCACUUCCUGCUGCAGCCAGAGAGGGGCGAGCAAGAGCCAGGCAGUGCAGCAAGCUCUGAUUGCAGCAGCCAGCAUGGGCCACACAGAGAUAGUGUCAUACCUACUGGAUCUUCCGGAAGAAGACGAGGAAGAGGAGGAGAGACCUGAGAUCAACACAUUUGACAGUCUCUGGGGAGAGACAGCUCUGACAGCAGCAGCAGGAGGUGGCCGUCUGUCUGUGUGCAGGCUGUUGUUGGAUCAGGGGGCGGCUGUUGAGCAAGGCAACAGACGAGGUGUGGCUCCGCUCUUCAGCGCUGUGAGACGAGGCCACUGGCAGGUGGUGGAGUUGUUACUGAAUCACGGGGUGGAGGUGAACAUGGUCGACCAGCAGGGCCGAACAGCUCUGAUGACGGCAGCCUCAGAGGGACAUAUGCCCACAGCCCAGCUGCUGUUGGAUCAUGGAGCCUCUCUGGACCAGAGCGACAGGGAGGGGUUAACGGCGCUGAGCUGGGCUUGUCUGAAAGGACAGCUCCUAUUGGUCAGAGAGCUGGUGGAAAGAGGUGCAGCCACAACUCAUGCUGACCGCAGUGGACGUACACCUCUGGAUCUGGCUGCAUUUCGCGGUGACCCAGAAGUGGUGCAGUUCCUGGUGGAACAUGGCGCGUCGGUGGAGCAUGUGGAUUGCAGCGGGAUGCGUCCUCUGGACCGAGCAGUCGGCUGCAGAAACACUUCAGCUGUCAUCGCUCUGCUCAAACAGGGAGCCAAGAUAGGACCAGCGACAUGGGCCAUGGCAACCUCUAAACCAGACAUCCUAAUGGUUCUGCUCAGUAAAUUGAUCCAAGAGGGAGACAAACUGUACAAGCAAGGUAAAGUGAGGGAGGCUGCUCACUCCUAUCAGUCAGCACUCCAGAAGUUUCCAGGAGACGAGCUGAAGACGUUUAGACAACUGAGAGUGUGUGUGCUGCUCAACCUGUCACGCUGCCGCCGCAAGAUGAAUGAUUUUGGCCUUGCUGAGGAGUUCGCUACCAAAGCACUAGAGCUAAAAGCAAAAUCCUAUGAGGCCUUUUAUGCCAGAGCCCGGGCCAAACGCAGCCGCAGACAGUUCCAUGCAGCUCUGGAGGACCUGAUUGAGGCCAGUCGCCUGUGUCCAUCCAACCGGGAGAUCCAGCGUUUGCUGUCCCGGGUCAAGGAAGAGUGUCGGCAGGUUGCGCAACAACAACAGCAACAAGAGUCUCCCCCUCCUUCAUCACACCAUGUUUAUCAACAGAAUGUGUCCAUCAACGAGGCCAGGCGCAGAGAUUCAGGUUCUCUCCAGGUGCAGGACAGGGGGGGGCUUACCAAGGAAGAGGAGGAAGAGGAGAAGGAAGACGAGAGGUGUUACAGAGAAGGAGAUCCUCCACCACACUUGUCCUCCUUCCACCCUCCACCUGUGGUUCAAAGUUUUGACACCCACUGCCGUCCUGGGGUGCCAUCAUCCUCCUCACUCUCCCCCACUCACUUGUAUCAUCACAUCCCGAGUCCCGUCCACUCCCCCUCUUCCUCUUCACCCUGUCAUUCUGCUCCUCCUCCUCCCUCCUCUUCCUAUCACCAAUUCAGCCCUCCUCCCUCCCCAAUGCAACAUCAGCAGCAAGGCCCGAUAUCGGAAGGCAUCCCCGCAUUGUCAGGAUCUGGAGGUCUGCACCACUACCCACAGUCCAUCUCAGCCCUUCUCCACUCAGACCAGAAACAGGGAGUGCAGCAGCACCACUACCUGUCGGAUCAGAGAUCCUUUCAGAAGCAGAACCAGUGGCUCCAACCAGCCAAAGUCCAGGUUGUCAGAACCAGUCAGCCGAGUUCUUCAUCCCACUCCAGCAUGGUUUUGGGAAGUUCUGCUUACUCGCAGUUUGCUCAUCUGCCCCAAGAAUUGGCGGAACUGGGGGAAGGAAUUCACUCCAGUCCCCUAGAUGUCAGGCCUAGCCUGCAGGUCCAGGCUGGUCUGAAUCCUGGAGCUUCGUAUCCACCAGAUGAUGUGGAUGUUGACUUGGUUUGCCAGUCAAGAUCUGCCUAUGGGAGAGGAGCAGGAGGGGAGAGAGUGGGGAAAAGCCGGUUUGCUCAGGCCCAUCAGUUCAGCCGCAACCAGUCCAAAGCAGCUUACUAUCCCAUGGAAGUCACAGAGGCUACGAUGGAACCCCCUGAUAGCCUUCCACCAUUGCAUGAUUAUCAAUACCACCACCAGGGUGGGCUACGACGCCCACUCAGUGCGCACCCAACCUCCUCCUCGGCUUCCGCCCCCAGGCCUGUCAUCCAGAGUGUCAGCGUCCGCUUCUCCACCAGCAGUGGCAGCCUUGCCGGCGGGCAGCCAACCAAUCAUGGCUCAAGCUUCAGGACCUCAGCCUCCACCCAGCACAUGGACUUACCCUCAGAUCUGGCCUCUGUGGGAGGAGUCACUGGUUACCAUGAUGAUCUCUUUCUGAUCUCCUCCCCCCAGUCAGAAAUGGGCAUGGUAGGAGGCGGGACUUAUCCUGGAGAGGUGGGCCGGUCAUCUCGGAGCACUCCUUUUAUGGGUGUUACUGACAAGAAAGUGAGGGUGCACCAGCAGUAUCAGCAACAAGCUCCUUCCAGUUCCUCAUCGUGUCUCAGCCCCUCCCGAUCCUGGGCUGUGUCUUCAGUAGACACGGUUGUCACCUCGCCGAGCAAAACCCCCACCAAUCAAGGAGGUUUCAGUCACGCGCAGCCCUCCUCCAUCGCAUACCACAACCGUAGCAACAACAAUGCCCACAACGGUCACCUCCUCCACGACAACCUGCUCGACUGCUACGAGGUGCUGCCGGGCAGCGGCCCUCAGGGUGAAGUCAGUAACAAUCCCUCUUACGUGGACGUGAAGCUCGCCCGAACACUGCCAGUGAUUCACAGCUGCUCAGACAGACCGUCUGAGAGGAAGACAGGACCUACCUCUCCUGUCAAACCAAAAAGACCCUUUGUUGAGUCCAAUGUAUAGAGAAAGUUUAAAUGAUAAGUCAGACACAAGGGAGGAGGGUUAAUGUAGAGUGUUUAAAAAGAAGUCAGUGUACCUGUAUAUUCCAAGUUUAACUGGGGCUGUGGAAUUGUUACGGUAAGAUACGGUAUGACGAGUAGUUUGUACGAGAUUGAGAGGGGAUGCAAUAAGAGUUGUUGGUUGUACACACUCUGUAGUACACAUGAAAAGUGAUUGAAGUAGUUUGUUCAUGUACUUUGACGCACAAAAGAGAGCUUGAGAGGAAAGGUUAUGUUGUCAGCAGUUGCUGCGUGAAUGCCUGUCAGAUUGUCAGUUUCAGUGAACUCCAUGUGAAGCAUACUGACUCUUUUACUGUGCAGAAGAAGAAAACAUUGCCUGUAACAGGUCAGGUGUGUCAGAGACAGAAAAGAAGCAAGGACGAACAGAAAGAGAAAACUGCAAGUUUUGAAGAACUUGAUCUUUCGUUCUGAAGCAAGUGGCAGCUCCUGGCAUCACAAAGCACAAUGAGGAAGAGGAUGUUUGGUGAAAUAAAUAAAUGAAUAAAUACAAAAAGAUGUCACUGAAAAAUCCCUCCUUCCUUCCCUGGUCAUCUCUGGCUUACAGUGCAUUUUAAAACUGAUGUCUCUGGAUGCCCAUGUUACACUGCUGUAGAGUUUUUCUGCCGAGUUGAUGUAUGCAACAGGAGGGACACAAAAAUCACCACUAUUACCUUUGUGUGCUGUUGACGCCUUUAAUGAAAAUUUACAUUUCAAGUUUGAAGCGCUUAAAUGAUACAAUGACUGGAAACCCUGGAUACAUCCAGGCUCUGUGACCUGUGCUGAGCAGGUGCAGGUCAGUGACCCAGUCUUAAGCCAUAGUUUGAGAAACUAGGAUGAUGCUCUUAUUGAAUGAGCACUAACUUGCUGUUUAUAAAACAAAAGUAAGUGAUAUUUAUCUUUUUUAAGUUAUGUCUGUGUUAAAAUGUAAAAAAUGUUGUUUCUUUUCAAACUGUGUAUUCCUUUUGAAUUUGCCUUUUUAUCUUUUUGAGGGGUUUCACUCAGAACAUAGACAUGAAAACCUUCUUUUCCAGCUACAUUGAAGUUCAGCUUUGCUCAGUUCUGGGUUAACAUCCAUUCCUGCUUGUUUACGAUGACAUCACUCUACAAUGAACACCCGCAAAAAUGCCUUUUAACUAUGUUUUUACUCCAGGUAGAUUUUUUUAUUUUUGUUUCUUUUCUAUGAAGGUCUUUUGUAUUCUGUAGUCCUAUUCGUUCUAAUUAAUGCAAACCACAUGGUUCCCAAUCAUACCAGGAGCCCUUUACACUCGUUGCCAUGGAAACUUAAUGUCCUAUGUGUUGGCAAUUGGCUCCUCCUACUGCCAGUAAUUCAGUCAAAAAGUCAAUUAGCCAUUCACUAAAUCCCUCCCCUGAACAGUGAUUGCCCAGUCUCAGCUUAGCAACUAAGCAUAGCCUGUCAAGGUCUAUAUUUCUCCGCCAUGUUAAAGCGGUGUGCAUGGAGCUGUAAUAAACUCAAUCCUCUGCAUUGAAAGAUGUUUGAUGUCGUUUUGUUUUAGCCUUUUCAAAAACACAAAAUCAAAAAAGUAAGAAAUGGAUAUAACAUAAAAUGUCUUUGUGUUUAUCUGCUCUAAGCUACAAUCAUUAGCAUGUCUGGCUAACUAGCUCACUGCCUACAGUGAUGACCAAGUGUUGCUUUUCAAGGCCAAGAAGCGUAUCAUUAGCCGACUACAGUAGUUUGUUGGUCCUCAGGAAACAAACAGCUUGUCUCGCUCAAGUUAAUGCUAACAUUUGCGUUUCUGUUCUGCUCUUUAUUUUACAUGAAGCUUACAUUCUACCAACUCAGGCCAAACUUGUUAGCUGUACAUUACUGUACAUUACUGUACAUUAGCCAAAGUCCUGUAACGCUAAAGGUGAAAACAUAUGAUUUGAAAAUAUGAACAAUUAUAAGCUAAAUCAAUAAAAAGAGUAUGUUAGAAUGAAAUAACGAGCCGAGUGGAUGUUUCGAAUGCAGUUUCACAAAUUUCACAAGCUCGGCAUAAGUAAAUGAAAUAAUUCAUAACACAAAAAUACUGUGUUCAUUCGUCUAUAUUGCUUCCUAUGUUUUUUAUAUUUAAGUGUUGAUCCAUAAGAAGAUAUAUU